CGCGGUAAAGUGAAGGUGUGGGGUGUGUUUCUGUGGGCUGACGGGCCAAAAAUGGCGGAGCGUACGAAGACGACAGCCCCGGCCACCCGGCCCGUUCCUAUGAAGCUGUUUGCCACCUGGGAAGUGGAUCGUACAGCACCGGAUUGCAUACCCAGGCUGUGCUCUCUGACCUUGACCCGGCUGGUGAUUCUACGGCCAUUAGGCUCCGAUCUGACAUCCAUCAGCAUCGCCGUCAAGAUGCACGGCUCGAAAAGGACGUUGCGCUCGAACGAGAUGGCGAUCCCGAUCGGUGGGAUGCUGGAUACCGAUCUGGAGUUACAGUUCGCCCUCCAGUAUCCCCAUUUCCUCAAGAGGGACGGGAACAAGCUUCUGAUAUUGCUGCAGAGACGGAAACGCUAUAAAAAUCGUACGAUGCUCGGAUAUAAGACCCUGGCCGAGGGUGUCAUCAACAUGGCGCAAGUCCUACAGAAGCAGAUGGACCUGGAGCUGGAGCUGGUGUCGGACAAGGCCGAGAAAUAUGGCGGCCAUUCGGUGGCGUUGGCUCGCGUAAGCGUGGUCGCGUUGAGCUCGCAACCGGUCGACCAGGACAAAAGACUGAUGAACGAUCCGAACGAGAGGCUCUGCCCGGAGUACAGCGACGAGGAGGAAGAGUUCAGUUCAGAGGGCGAGGCGGAGGGCAGCGACAGCGAGCCGACAAUCGAGAUGCACAGGCGGAAGAGCCGGGCGAAGAUUCCGGCCAACGCCAGGCGUUUAAUGGAACGAUUGUCGCUGUUACAGCAAAGGAAUUUAAAGCAGAAGUUCAUAGCCCUUCUGAAGCGACGGUUUAGGGUGUCCGAGGAUCUGGAUCAAGAUCAAGAGGAGAUCGGGCAGAAGCUUUCAGGAGGCGACAUGGAGAUCGAAGAGUUGUUCGACGAACUGGAAGACUUGUCCGACAGUGGCCCAGAACUGGACACAAUGUCCGUCAGCAGCACGCCCAAACCGUCCCUGCGUCCUUUCUUCAGCUCUAGUCGAUCCCUUCUGGCGCCACCUCAUUCCGUAGUUACCAACGAGGAGACCGGAAACGCACCUGCUACGGCCGUAGGUCAACAGAGCGCAGGUCAGCUACCUAAAGAGAAACACCGUGUCGGACACACCACUCCAGAACGAGGCGUGGAUAGGCAAAGCGAUGAUAGCUCCCGGAGAGCGGACAGCGAUUCCCAUCCCGAAAAUUGGACGGACCACGAGGCGAACGAUCCACCGAAUUACGUGCCGGGCUCCCCGCCGAAAUCGGAGCAGCACAAUAAAACCGAGAGCUCGGACCGAAGGAGCAGACUGUUUACCCGGGACAGAGGCGCACCUGGUAACAAUAAGUCCAAAAAGCACAGUCUCAGCGUGGACUUGAAGCCGCCGGCCGAUUUGAAUAGCUCUGAGCCGAGGAAAGCAUUGGUCGAACAAUUAAGCCGCGUUUUGCCCGAUGACAGUCUGCCAGACGCCGUGUCGUUGGUCUCAUUAGCGGAUCCAGGCGGAGCGCUGCUUGCAACGAGGCUUCAAGAAAGAAACCACAGAGUCCUAACGACUGCAUCUCCCGCUGACGUUCGUGCGACGUUCACGUGCUUGGUCACCCGAAUACAAAAAUUUUGCAACAGCUCAGCGAAACCACCUGCACCGAUCAAAGUGGUGAUCGCCGGUGGGGACAGUUUCGUGAACACGGUGUUGCGCCAUUACGUGGACCUGCUGAGCUUUCGGCCGCCUGACUGGCAGAAUUACCUGAAGUUCUUGGUCGUGCCUCUUGGUUCCAACACGUUGUCGAAGUAUCUCAGUUCGAUAGACGGGAAGUACUCGAUGCUUUUCGGCGAAGAAUGGAAAGAGUUGCUGGAAAGAGAAGGCGGCGGAGCGAGCGAGUGCGCGGCGAGGGUGUCAGAGUAUUUGGCCGACGCUGGGACUACUAUGCUAUUGCCAAUCGCAGAAGCCAUGGUCACGUACAGAGAGACAGAUGACAGCAGCCAAAUAUUUAUCCCAUUCAUAAACGACGUUCGUGUGGGCUGCCCGGACAGCAGUUCUUCCGCUUCGGUUGACCUGGAGGAAAGCAACGUCACCAUGUCUGGUUCACCGCCCUCUCUGCCACCCCCGGGAUUGCCAAUUCCGCCGCCCGGUCGGUUAACGCCGCCCAGCAGUCCAAAUGUUGGUCAACCCAUGAGGGAGGGCUGGGAACCGGUCGAGCUUCAACUCGAUUACUGGAGCAAGCAUACGCAGGGCGAGAAGGGCAAGAACACGUUGAGGCAAGCGUUCAGGGCGCUUCACGUACAAAGACUCCCGGGGCUUGGUGAAACACCUGGCCACCACUUGUCCAUGAAUUACACAACGAAGGAGAAGAAACAGAAAAAUUACUUCCUUUUUGCUUUCUUUCACGUAAUACCACCCCAUAACGUUGCUACUUUUACAGUAAUGAGAUUGGGCAAGAAGAAAGAGAAAGAGAAGGAAAACGAGCCAAAGAGUCAAACGGUCGAGGGCGUGACGCGACUUAUAUGUUCCGCGAAAACUCACAACAUUCCAUUAAGAGUGAGCAUCGACGGUACCGAGUGGUACGGCGUAAAGUUCUUCCAACUGUCGGCGCAGUGGCAGACGCACAUCAAAACGUUCCCGAUAGCCCUGUUGGAGUACAGUUCUCAGCAGCAAACACCCAACCCAACGUAAACUUCCUUCGUCCCCGUCAGAGGCCACACACACGUUUUGCCGUUUGUUUGUGUUCAUCGAUAUUGCCAAUUAGGAUCAUCAGCUUAAGCUUGCGCGCAAACCCGAUAACCACCAAAUCCUACCAAAACAAAACAAAAAACAUGAAAAAAAAAGAAAUGAAAAAAGUGAAAUUUGUCCAGUGUAGAGCAGGUGUUUGCAUAGUCAGGAAACAGUCCGCAGCGUUAAAACGGGGAUAUCACUGGAGAACUGAGAUCGGGCAAGUAUAAUAGUGCUGCCAAUUGUUUAUGAUUAUUAUUAUUAUCUCCCUUUUUAUUCCUUGUUACAGUCUAUUGUUUAUGUUUUUACGAACAUUCUGUUGUCAGCGUUUCUUGCGUGAAGGUUAACGAGAGCGCGCGCGAAUAACGACGCAACUAGAGCCAGUUAACAUAUCGUAUUACAAUUAAUAGAAAAUAAAGGACGAUGAUGGAUUUCGUUGGUUAUGGGAAUUGCCAUUAAAUUCCUGAAUAGACGCAAGAAAUUUUCAAAAGAAAUUUGCUCGGAUCGGAUCCCCUACUCCUUGGUACACAUAACAUAGGAUUUAAAGAAAAGAAGCCACAGGCAUUAAGACGGUUUUAUAGCGGGAGUACGGCUAAGAUAGAUCUUUGUCUAAAUCGCACGUGCGAAGGGGGAGAGAGAAAGAGAGGUUUUUAAUUAAAUUAUGUAUUUAUUUAAUUAACGUACUUUUACAAUACACGGAGCGUGACCAGCUGCGUAAUCGAAGAAGUCUGUGAUACAGGCAAACAUUUCUCUUAGCGCACAAACCAGGUUAGAAAAGCAGGGUUGGCAAUGUCCGCAAAAUUCGAGCGAAAAAGAUCAUCGAGAGGAUACAGAGAUCCGUUUAAACAAAAUAAGAGACAGAGAAGAACAUACACGAGUCUCUGGCGAAAAAAAACUGAUACGAUAAAAAGAAAUAGCUCAUUAGUUCUUAUACUCCUUUUCUCGUUUAAGAUUUCGACGUACUUUUUGUAUUCCAUUUUAUAGACUUUUAGCCCCAGGCUGCUGUAGUUUAAAUACUCUAUUUUCAGAUUUUAUUGUUUAAUACUUUAUUCCUAGUAGAACUCUAUUCCCGACUUCAUUAGAGUAUACUCAACCGCGAUUAUUGUUAAGCCGUUAGACAGCGAGCAGACGUAACAUUCGUUUCGCGUAGAUACAGAACGAAAAUGCGUUGAAACGUACAGGAACGACGUGUGUUGCGCGUUUCCGAAGUGAUUUUCCCGUGGUAUCGAUCGACGAUACGACAAGCAUUAAUUAUCGUGAAAAUACAGUAUCGAAGAACGCGUUUAACAUGUCCUGUUUAUCCCUUUGUUUCUUUCUUUCUUUUGUUAUUCGAAGCAAGAAGAAGAGAAAGAAUGAACGAUGUACCCACGAGUUACAGUUUUGUUCGCUUAUCCU